UUCAGUCUUCGUGAGUUUACCGAUUUGCCCCAAAACGAUAGACACCGAGAUGAUAAAUGCGGCACAUUGUUUUGGAUCAUUAUGGAGUAAUCCCGAUUAACAACUGUCAUAAACCCCAAAUUAAACCGAAACAACGCGCUUAAUUUAAAUUUCGGUUCUUUUUUGUUUUCACGCCCUAAACAUGUACUAAUUAAGCUUGAACUGUGGUAAAUUCCUCGCCAAAAUAAUUAAUUACCCGUUUAAUUAAUUCCCCUCCUCUUAAUCCCUCCCGCCACCGCCUUCCUUCAUCCCCCUCUCCGCCGCUCGACGAAAACUAAAUACGUUAAUCAGUUCAGCUCAACCUUCUUCCGCGCAGUAAAAAGUGAGUCCUUUGAUCACUUCGACGAAAACCCGUAAGCCAAAUCCCAUCGAGUUCGAUUUCGAUUUCAUGGAAACGAGCUGCUGCGGCGAUUACGCGUCUGUUUCUUCGCUGAAUCUCGUCAUGGUGGCGACGAAGACGACAGCGACAGGGCAGGAGGAAGAGUCGAUCGCGAUGACGAUGCUCUCCGUCGCGUUCAUCGCGCUCUUCUACGGAUCCAUAUUCCUCCUGUGUUUCCUGAUGUACCCGAAGCUGCCGAAGGAUGCCGCCGGAGACGAAGAAUCCGGAGAACCCUUGCCGCCGGCGGAGAGAUUCGGGAGGAGGAGGACGGAGGUGUGCGUGAUCUGCAUGGAGGAUCUGGAGAAAAACGACGUCGUGAGGGUCCUGGUGAAAUGCAAGCACAUUUUCCACGUGGGGUGUAUAGAUUCAUGGUGUAUGUAUAGGCUGGCUUGUCCGGUAUGCAGGGCUCCUUUCCGGUUGCUUAGCGCCUGGUGAUGACGUGAUUUGCUAGGCAUGAGGUUUUAGCUUAUGAUUCGAUCCGAUUUAUA